UGGUUGUGAUGUGUAAUAAGAUUGGACUGUUAUAUGAGGGGGUUGGCUGAGAGAGUCAGGAGAGGGGGUGUCUGCACGGUGAUUUCCCAACGAAACGUCAACGUUAGAGCGCCACGGCAGCAAGGGAACUACAGCAGUGCUCUUCAUGCGGGAAAUUAUGCCUGGUUUCUUGGGCAGAGAGGGACGCUCAAAUCACCAGGGAAACAUGAAUAUUACAUAUUUAACCUUUUGAUUUAGGCCAGUAGACAUACAUUGCUGUGUUAACCACAAUGUUCUAGCAAAAACAAUCUCAUUGCUGUGCUCGAUACCGUCUGUCCCGUCGUCAGUAUGGAGAAGACGAUCUGCAGUCCGCAUCCUGGGACAAAUAAAACGAACUCUGGUUCACUGCUUUCGGACAAGGGGAAUUCGGGGAGAAAGAUCGGACGAGCUGGUUCUCACAGCCCCGGCUCGGCUUCGCUUGGGAACGGGGCCGGUGGAGGAGUGAGUCGGGGAGGUUUAUUGGGAAACAGUAUGCAUUUUCAGCAAGCGUGUAAGCGUCAGUUAGAAGGAGUGUUGAGCAAAUACACAAACUUAAUUCAAGGAUGGCAGAACAGGUACUUUGUGCUGGACCCAGAGCUGGGACAGCUGCAGUACUUUGUACAUGAACAGGGCAAGAGCCAGAAGCCCAGGGGCUCCCUGCCUCUGAUUGGUGCGUCGGUUGUCCAGAGUGAUGAGGCACCACAUAUGUUUAUCGUCAACUCAUUCAAUGGCGAGCUUUACAAGCUCAGAGCAUCCGACGCCAAAGAGCAGCAGUUCUGGAUGAACCAACUCCAAGCGUGUGCCAGACGCCAUUCCGACAGCAGUGCCAAGGUCUGGAAGUUUAAGGGAUCGGAUGAGCACCUGAGUGUGGAGAGAACGACGGGAGGCAGCCAGGAGGGGCUGGGCUCGUCAUCUUCCGGUCGGUCCCGUAGCGUCUCCCUCCUCCCCCACCUCCCACCAGCCUCCUCAUCGCCUGGUAUCCAGAGGCACUUGGCGUGUCCGGGCACACCGAGCAACAUCGUGACCAUCACCCACCACAAGUCCCCAGCCGCUGCUCGACGGGCCAAGAACCAGUAUCCCGGCCGACUACUGGAGGUCAAAGAGGCGGUGAGCCAAGCAGAGGGCCAACAGAAGAACCUGGUCCAGUCCAUCGAGUCCCUCCCCACGCGAGGACCCCUUUCCUGCCUGGACCAGGACCUCCUGCUCCUCAAAGCCACGUCGGCCGCCACCCUGAGCUGCCUGGGAGAGUGCCUGAACAUCCUGCAACAGACCCAAACCCACAGCCAGCCCCAGGCCUCCCAGCCCAACCACACCCGCGGUCCCCCCUCCGAUGGUGUUCCUGUGUGGAGUGUACCAAAGUUGCCCUCGGGGGAGCACCUGAAGAACGGCGGCCCAACCCCUCUACGUUCUGCCGAGCCCUCCCCAGCCCUCAGGAAAAAAAGCCCUGCCCAUGGUGCUGAGGAACACAGAAGCAGUACAAGCAUGGCUUUUGACAUCAGUUCUUUAUGUGGUCUGCAAGAGAAAGCAUCUCAUCGUCUGGCAGUGGGCCAGAGUGUGCAGGGGAAAAACCAGCACCCAGCGGGGUUGGAGGCCGUCAGCCCCAGUGAGGAGGUGACUGACAUGGAGGACAAUGACGAGGAGGACCUGGGAGUGUUGGACGACCAGCGGAGCAUCAUCCUGCAUCUCCUCUCCCAGCUCAAACUGGGCAUGGACCUCACCCGGGUGGUGCUGCCCACGUUCAUCCUGGAGAAGCGCUCCCUGCUGGAGAUGUACGCUAACUUCAUGGCCCACCCGGACAUGUUCCUGUCCAUCACGGCUGGAGCCACGGCGGAGGACCGCAUCGUACGCUUCGUCGAGUACUACCUUACCGCCUUCCACGAGGGACGCAAAGGAGCUGUGGCCAAGAAGCCCUACAACCCGGCACUGGGCGAGACAUUCCACUGUUCCUGGGAGGUGCCUCGGGACAGAGUGAGGCCCCUCAGGUCUCAGGGCCCCAGGGAAGCUGCCUCCAGGGGCCCCAACAACACCCAACAACAGGACGAUCCAUCGGGGACUGAGUGUUACCGGGUUCGCUUCGUGGCUGAGCAGGUGUCACACCACCCGCCCGUCUCAGGAUUCUACUGCGAGUGCCCAGAGAGGAGUAUGUGUGUCAACACCCAUGUGUGGACAAGAAGCAAGUUCAUGGGCAUGUCCAUUGGUGUGUCCAUGAUAGGGGAAGGGACCUUAUGCCUUCUGGAGCAUGACGAGGAGUACGUCUUCACGCUGCCCUGUGCCUACGCCCGCUCCAUCCUCACCGUGCCAUGGGUGGAGCUGGGUGGCAAAGUCACCAUCAACUGUGCCAAGAGCGGCUACUCAGCCACAGUCACAUUCCAUACCAAGCCUUUCUAUGGAGGGAAGGUACACAGGGUGACUGCAGAGAUCAAACACAAUCCGACCAACACUAUUGUGUGCAAGGCCCAGGGGGAGUGGAACGGAACCCUGGAGUUCACCUAUAGUAGUGGGGAGACCAAAGUGAUUGACACAACCAAACUGCCAAUCAUCAAGAAGAAGCUCCGGCCUGUGGAAAAGCAGGGACGGAAUGAGUCCAGGCGGUUAUGGCAGCAUGUCACCAAGUCACUGAAGGAGGGGAACAUGGACGAGGCCACGGAACACAAGCAUCGUCUAGAGGAGCGCCAGAGAAGGGAGGAAACGCAAAGAGCUGCGGAUAACUCGCCCUGGACACCCACAUAUUUCAGCAAAAAGGGAGAAGGCUGGAUCUACCACAAUACUCUGUGGAAAUCUCACUGGCACAAGAACCAGACUGCUCUAACAGAGUGCCUCUAUCCCCCUAAAUGAGGGACUAGGCCAGGGGAAGGAUAAUGACGGAACAGCGUAUUGAGGGAGUGAUGCCACUCUCUAUUGGGACCUGAGAUACUGACUCUUAAUGACAUGGACAAAGGACACACUCAUGUGGAUCAAGGUGCCAAAGUGGUUUCCACUUUGAACUACGUGGGUGGGGCGGGAAAAAUAACGAUUUUUAUAGUGUUCGAGGUAGAGCAUUUCGAUUUUUUGCAAAUGCACAGUAUGAUAUGAUUUGCCACCUGUAUUUUGUACCAGUUGUGUUGACACGUACAUGGUCCAUUUUGGUCCAAUCGCCUUUAUUUGUCAUGCAGCAUCAGAAUGCAAUGGUAGAAGAAUGCAGAUGGCAUCAGAUGGAAUCAGGAGGAGUCCAUUGCAGUGUUGGUGGAAUACAACCGUGAUCAUGGCAGAGAUGCGUUUGUGUUACAUGAGUUCCCGUCCUGUUUUUAACAAAUGCUGAUGACUAGAAGUUGCCAAUUUCCUACCACUUUUCCAUUCCACCCAUCCUUAUCCCAUCCCAACCUUUGGAAGGAGUUUUGACCAUUCCUGAACGGAGCGGUCUGCCUCAGCUCUUCCAUGCAAACAGAUUUCCCAUCACUCUCUUCCCCACUUAUUGCGGUCGUAAUACCACACCGUCACUGUCUUUUCUUUAGGUUCCAACGGCGUGUCGGACUGUCCAUCUCCCGGUGGGGUCUUUCCUCCUUCCAGGGACGUGUCCUUAGGUUGGCAUUGAUGUCACAUAAUUAAGCUGGGGCUGUACCCAGCUCACGCACUCCUCAUGCUAAUAUCUCAGUGGGCUGCCUCUGCAUUGAAUAUGGAUGAGGUGCACAGGAAGACACAACCACAUUCUCACAGAGGGGCACAGUCUCUCCAGAUGUCCUUCUGAAUUAUAUUGUUGACAGGAUAUGAGGUACAGUGGUGGUGGUAGAGGGGAUGUUUUGGGUCAUGCAUAGCUAUUAUACGUUUACAUUUUCACAAAAUGUACUAACUGACGUACAGUAUAUACUGUGUAUACAUUUAGUUAAAUACUAUUAUAUAGUGCAUUCGGAAAGUAUUCAGACCCCUUGACUUUCUCCACAAUUUGCAAAAAUACCUGUUUUUGCUUUGUCGUUACGGGGUGUUGGGUGUAGAUUGAUGGAUUUUUUUAUUUAUUAUGUUGAUCCAUUUUAAAAUAAGGCUGUAAUGGAACAAACGUUACAGCCUUAUUCUAAAAUGGAUUAAAUAAAACAAUUUCCUCAUCGACCUACACACAACACCCCAUAACGACAAAGCAAAAACAUUUUUUAGAAAUGUUUUCAAUUGUAUAAAUAAAAAUAUAUACCUUAUUUACAUAAGUAUUCAGACCGUUUGUAAUGAGACUGGAAAUGUAAUGUGGAAAAAGGGGUCGGAAUAUUUCCAAAUGCGCUGUAUCUGAUUGCCUUUAUUAUAUUUAUUAUUCAGCCAAACAACUAAUGGAACAUCUUUGUUUUUAGUUUGCUCCAUAUUUUAGUCUUAGAAUAGUGAUCUAGAUUAUAGUGAUAGUGAUCUAUAUUCUCUGGUUGUGAAGUCAUUUCAACCAUCCAUGACUUUAGACUGUGUCUUGCAGCAUUACAUUGUAGUACUAUCAUGGUGUCUCUAUUAACGUCAGGAUCUCCUUACAGUCCAAAUUAGAAAAUCAGCAGGGAUGAAAAGUAGCUGUCCAGUUUCUUGCAGCUACUGAGUAAUUUGGAGAAGGGCCCGAUUCCAACUUUAAAAAAUUGCGCAUUUCUCACGCAUGCCUUUCCUACGCACUUCUCAAUAGUUGGUAUUCAGACUUACCUUAUGAAAGUGCCUACCGGGCUUUGCAGGUGUGGUUCCCUUGCACGCACUGAAUAAAUUAAACUGCUGAAUUACCA